AAAACACUAUUCACUUGAUGAUCCAAACUCAAUCCAAAACGAAUAAUACAUCAACAGCUGUCACCGCUCCACCAGCAUUAUUCAGAGGAAUUUGUACAUGCAGGUGCAGCAACCCAAAUCCCUGUGAUGCCACGCACACCCACAUACGCAAAGGCUCCGCUUUCGAAGAUCUUUUUUCUCAUUUUUUUUUUCCGCAAAAAUCAAACUAAUUCCUGAUUUCUGCUGUAUUUUCCUGACUUUUCGGUUCUUUAGAUUUUAGUAGUAGCAGUGUCAAUCUUCACCAAAGGGUUAGAUUUGAUCCACCGAACUUGUUGUUUGAUAGAAUUUUGUUAACACUGAAUCUCAGAUUUUGUUUUUAAGUUGUUUUAAUCUGAUUAUUAAGUUCUUCACUGCUCCAAAAAUUGUGACGAUUUUUUUUUCAAAUUUUGGUUUAUAACUUGAAUUGGGAGGAAAAGUAAACGAAACUUAAUAAAUAAAUUUUGAGUUCCGAUUUUGUAAUUGCUUUUAAGUUAUGUGUGUGUUGUUGUUUAAUUUGUCGACAUUAAUGAAAGCCAAUUAGCAUGGUUGUUGAUCUGUUGUUUUCACUGCAAGUUGGUGGUGCCAUGAUUUUAAUUCAGUGAUUAAAUCAAAUUUCCGGGUGGUUGAUUCAAUCAAAUUUCGCUAUUCUUCUCCUCCUGGACUGGUUAUACUGAUUAUCUUGGUUGAUUGGGAGAAUAAUGAUAGACAUGGUAAGUGGAAACAUAUUCCAUUGUCGAAAACAUUCAUGGCCAUCCGAGGAGUAUAUCAGCAGGGCUACUUUGCAAUUGCUGGACUUCGACAGUGCUGCCCCACCAAGACAGGCAUGGAGACGAAGAUUAAACAGCCAUGCUAAUAUACUGAAAGAGUUCAGUGUCACAUUCAUGGAGGCAUUGAAGAUGAUGCGGUUGGGGGUUCGUCUUUGGUCAUAUGUACGAGAAGAAGCUUCUCAUGGAAGGAGAGCACCAAUUGAUCCGUUUACUCGGGAAAGUUGUAAGCCUUCGGCGUCACAGGGGGUUCCUCUUGGAGGGAUGGGAAGUGGUAGCAUAUCCAGAGGUUUUAGAGGAGAAUUCAGACACAUGCAAAUUGUUCCUGGUAUAUGUGAAACUUCUCCAGUAAUGGCGAAUCAGUUUUCGAUUUUCAUAUCCCGAGAUGGUGGAAAUAAAAAAUUCUCUUCAGUUUUAGCUCCUGGACAACAUGAAGGUUUAGGUAAAUUAGGUGAUCAAGGUAUAUCAUCUUGGAACUGGAAUUUGAGUGGUCAGCAUUCCACUUACCAUGCUGUAUUUCCAAGGGCGUGGACAAUAUAUGAUGGUGAACCAGACCCAGAUCUAAAGGUCUCUUGUCGUCAGAUAUCGCCAUUCAUACCCCAUAAUUAUGAAGAUAGCAGUCUCCCAAGUGCUGUAUUUGUUUACACUUUGGUUAACACUGGAAAAGAAAGAGCAAAAGUGAGCCUUCUCUUUACUUGGGCUAAUUCAAUCGGAGGAAACUCACACUUAUCAGGUGGUCAUGUGAAUGAGCCUUUCAGAGGUGAAGAUGGAGUUUCUGGUGUACUUCUACAUCAUAAGACUGCAAAAGGAAACCCUCCUGUGACGUUUGCGGUAGCUGCUUGUGAGACUCAGAAUGUAAAUGUGACUGUUUCUCCGUGCUUUGGAUUGACUGACCAAAAUCGCGUCACAGCUAAGAGCAUAUGGGACACAAUGGCAGAGGAUGGGUCUUUUGACCUCGGAAAUUUCAAUGCUGGCUCUAGCGUUCCAUCGUUACCGGGAGAGACACACUGUGCAGCAGUUUCAGCCUCUGCUUGGGUAGAACCUCAUGGGAAGUGCACCGUAGCAUUUUCUUUAGCGUGGUCAUCCCCGAAAGUAAAAUUUCUCAAGGGAAAUACGUAUAACAGGAGGUACACAAAAUUUUAUGGCACUUCUGAGAGAUCAGCGGCUCACAUAGUUCAUGAUUCAUUGAUGAAUUACAAGUGGUGGGAGGAAGAGAUCGAGAAAUGGCAGAAUCCUAUCCUAAGCGAUGACAGUCUUCCAGAUUGGUAUAAAUUCACGUUAUUCAACGAGCUUUAUUUUCUGGUAUCGGGAGGGACCAUUUGGAUUGAUGGCCAUUCACCAGCCAGAGAUAACCAAUCUACUAUGAGCCAGAACGGGCAUAAUUCCAGAAUUGAGGAACCCACCAAAAUAGAAGUGACUGCAGCAACAGUGCACAGCAAGGGGGAUGUGGUUAUUGAGCAUGAGAGCUGCAUAAAUGGUUUUGAAGAUGCUAAUGGUAAUGGUAAUGGUCUAAAUUUAGAUCAGGAAAAUAGUGAUGAGGAAAACGCUGAAGGCCACAAUCCUUUGCAACUCAGUACCCUUGUAGAUCAGAAGCCUGAUGAUAGCGAAGAUGUUGGUAGGUUUCUGUACUUAGAAGGAGUUGAAUACGUCAUGUGGUGUACAUAUGAUGUGCAUUUUUAUGCAUCUUAUGCUCUUCUAGCUCUGUUCCCCAAAAUAGAGUUAAGUAUUCAGCGAGACUUUGCUAAGGCCGUAUUAAGUGAGGAUCGAAGAAAAGUGAAGUUUCUGGCAGAUGGUAACUGUGGAAUUCGUAAGGUUAAAGGAGCAGUUCCUCAUGAUCUUGGUACACAUGAUCCAUGGCAUGAGAUGAAUGCAUAUAAUAUUCAUGACACGAGUAAAUGGAAGGACCUCAACCCUAAAUUUGUGCUUCAAGUUUAUAGAGAUUUUGCUGCGACAGGGGAUAUGUCAUUUGCCGUGGAUGUAUGGCCAGCUGUUUGUGCUGCUAUGGAAUACAUGGAACAGUUUGAUAAGGACGGUGAUGGUCUUAUUGAGAAUGAUGGAUUUCCUGAUCAAACUUACGAUGCUUGGACUGUUCAUGGCAUUAGUGCUUAUUGUGGAUGCUUAUGGCUUGCUGCCCUCGAGGCUGCAGCUGCAAUGGCUCUUCGUCUUGGAGACAAGCCAUUUGCUGAUAAAUUCAAAAACAUGUUCUCGAGGGCCAAAUCGGCUUUUGAAGAAAAACUAUGGAACGGUUCUUAUUUUAACUAUGAUAGUGGAUCAAGUAGCAAUAGCAGAUCUAUACAAGCUGACCAACUGGCAGGCCAGUGGUAUGUAGCUUCAUCGGGCUUGCCUUCGCUGUUUGAUGAUCAUAAGAUAAAGAGUGCCCUUCAAAAAAUAUUUGAUUUUAAUGUUAUGAAAGUGAGAGGAGGGAGAAUGGGCGCUGUAAAUGGGAUGCACCCAAAUGGGAAGGUGGAUGAGUCGUGCAUGCAGUCCCGUGAAAUUUGGACUGGCGUUACUUAUGGUGUUGCAGCUACGAUGAUACUUAGCGGAAUGGAGGAACAAGCCUUCACUACAGCCGAAGGUAUUUUCACCUCAGGCUGGUCAGAAGACGGAUUCGGGUAUUGGUUCCAGACGCCAGAAGGAUGGACUGUGGAUGGUCACUAUCGUUCUUUAAUAUACAUGAGGCCACUUGCAAUUUGGUCUAUGCAAUGGGCGUUGUCUUUGCCAAAGGCAAUCCUCGAGGCUCCAAAGAUCAACAUGAUGGACAGAAUGUUGUAUGUACCUAUUAGGGCCUCGCAUAAUGAUGCGGGUAUUGUAAGGAAAGUUGCAAACAAAACAAAGUGUUUUAGCAACUCGGUGUUUCACUGCGCAUGCUGAUGGGGUGAGGUAAUCUUUUGUGAACUGAGCCAAUCUUUGCAACUUCCUGAAAUUCUUUCACAGUGAAUCAAGUAAAAGGAGUCCGGGGAUGAGUUAAUGUUGUAAAAUGAGGUAAUAAAGCCUGGGGCUCAAAAAUAUAAAGCCUCUGCGUCUCGGAUAGCUAUGAUGUAUAUGAGUUCUUUUUUCUGCAACAAUUUUUACUUAUGGCUGAACCUCGGCUUAGUCUUGCAACUGUAAUCCUGUUUAGGAGGGGACACGCUGAAGAUGGAAGACAUUCUAGUCUGUAGAACUACGAGUUCUGAAUGGAUGCAAUAAGUUAACUGCAGUUAUAUUCGGGUUAUAAGGAUACAGAUGAUGUUAGAGAUCAUAGAAGAUAUGGUUUUGGGGUCUUGAACUGAACUUUAUUUCUGUACAAGCCCUCUCUAGGAAAAUGGAAUGUGCUUUCAUAGAGCUGAUUGUAUAUUAGCAGACAGCUUGUCUGGAUGAAGAUAUAAUGAAAUUUGUAUUGUUAAAGUUGAUUAAGAGGAACUCUGUAGAUGUGCAAAUGAAUGAUAUGAUGCGGUGGUGAGAACGGCUCAAUUGCGCUU